AUGAUAGCGACGGCAAAAAGAGGUUGUCGUGAAGAAAUGGAUGACCCUUCACGUAUUCCACCCACUACCUCAGAGAGACAACGUCGUGCAUUAACAAAUCCUGCUCGUGCCCGAGGUCGAGGUCGGGGUCGGGAUAGAGGUCGAGGUGAUGAUAUUGUGUUGGAGGAAGCACCUCAAAUCUUGGAAGAGGAUGUGAUUGAUAAUGGUUCAGGGGAUGAUGAUGAUGCUACUAAUGUUGAUCAGGUUGAGGAGGUACUCACUGGUCCGUUUCCUGGGGGGCCAUCAGAUCCAUCAGUACUGAAGAGCUUCAAGGCACAUAUUGUAGCAGCUAUAUGGGAUCAGAAGGAGAGGAAUCCCUUAAGGUGUUAUAAUCAUGCGUCUAAGAUUCUUGAGUGGCGGUGGUGGUCAAGAACCGACAAUAGAAGGUUUAGAGACAUUGUGCAGCAGUCAAGCCUAUCUUCUUUGGUCCAUUGCAUGUAUCGGUUCGUGAAUAGGAUUGUCAUUUCUGCAUUUGUUGAGCGAUGGCAACCAGAGACAAAUACUUUCCAUUUGACAGUUGGUGAGAUGACAAUGACAUUGGAUGAUGUGGGUACCAUCUUGGGGAUCCCUAUCACAGGUAGAUCAGUUAGUGCUGCAACUUUGACAGAUCAACAAGCACAUGCACUUGUGGUAGAUGCCUUGGGAGUUGAUGAUGCUGAAGCAACUGAGGAACUAUCAUCUGCUAGGGGACAAUCAGUGAAGCUAGAGUGGUUACAAACCAAAUUCAGUGGUUGCAAAGAUUCAGACACCGAGGAAUCCAUAGCUUGUGCCGCCAGAGCGUAUUUGCUAUUUCUAUUGGGAUGUACAUUGUUCAGUGAUAAGAGUGGGACGAGAGUUCCUGUUGUGUACUUGAAGUUGUUGAUGGAUUUGUCUGAUAUUCAUACAUAUGCUUGGGGUGCAGCUGCAUUGGCAUAUUUAUACCGACAGUUGGGAUUUGCCACGAGAUCAGCUGUUCGACAAAUGACUGGUUACAUGACAUUAUUGGAGGCAUGGAUUUAUGAGCAUUUCCGGCCAUUUAGACCUCGCCAAAACAUGCAAUAUACUGUACAAUUGCCUCACGUGCAUCGAUGGACUCCUCGUCGGGAAGCUGGCUCAACGAUAUCACACCUACAGGCGUUACGGGAGGAGCUUGACAGAUUGGCAUUUGAUGAGGUUACUUGGGAACCAUAUCGACAUUGCCGUCAACAUCACCCAUGUCAUGAGAUCACAUUCUAUACUGGCUGUUUGAAGUGUUUGGAUGUUGUUGAACCCUAUCAUCCUGAAAGGGUUCUUAGACAGUUUGUGUUGGAGGAAGCACCUCAAAUCUUGGAAGAGGAUGUGAUUGAUAGGUUAUAUGAGGCGGGCCAUGAUGCUAGUGUUCGUGAGCCAGAUAGGUUAUAUGAGGCUAUUGAGAGGAUCACACGUGUUCUUCAAGGUCAACAAAUUGAUGAGGCUGGACCUAGUUCUAUUACACUUCAAACAUACAAUCGUAGGAGACGAGUAGAUGAUAGGUAG